CCGAAACUACGGAGGCAAAGGAUGAUAAUAACUUUUGUGUUAGAACGCGAAGGUUACGGAAGGUAGUCCACUGUUCUUGAAUUUUUUUUAUUUGGGGAUCAUAUACAAUAAUUGUAAAUUUUUGUCUCAAAAAUGGUUUUAGCAGAAAGAAACGGUGAUGAAUUAACCACUCGAAACGGUCGUCGAUCUCGCGGCGCUAGUCCAGCUACUAACAAUGGACACUUCUCAGAUGAGGAUAGUACAACUGAUGAAUCGGAACAUGGUAUUGAUUCUGGAAUGCGAGUUGGAGAAGAUUACCAAGCCUACGUUCCAGACUUUCCAAUUUCAAUUGGUCCAUGUCCCGAGUUUGCUCCAGAACGAGCACUGUUGGUAUGGUCUCCUUGUCCAGAAAUAUCAGAUAACAAAUUGGAUGAAUACAUUAUAUUGGCUAAAGAAAAAUAUGGAUACAAUGCUGAGCAAGCUCUUGGAAUGCUUUUCUGGCAUAAAUAUGACUUGGAGAAAGCUUUGGCUGACCUUCCCAAUUUUACGCCAUUCCCUGAUGAAUGGACAGUUGAAGAUAAGGUUCUUUUUGAGCAAGCAUUCCAGUUUCAUGGUAAAAGCUUCCACAAAAUUCGUCAGAUGUUGCCAGACAAAUCCAUAUCAAGCUUAGUGAAGUAUUAUUAUUCAUGGAAGAAAACAAGAACCAGAACUAGUUUGAUGGAUCGACAGGCACGAAAAAUGUCGGGCCAUCAAAAUGAAAAUAGUGAUGCAGGGUCAGAACCAGCCUCUGAAAAUGACAGUGAUAUAGAAACAGAAAAUGGAGAAGGGAAAGAAGAAUCACCUAAAUCUUGCUCAAACUGUGGAGCUUGUUAUUCCCAGCUCUUUACAACUUCUAAAGGAAUCUUGUGCAAUGGCUGUUAUCAAUAUUGGCGUCGAACUGGGAUGAUGCGCAGUGCUGGUGGUCCAAUGAAAAAGCAUGAAUCUACAUCAGCUCGUCAUAACCCAAUGAGAAGUAAGAGAAAACCUCCUCGAGGAAUGUAUCUCAGUCAUGAAGAUCUUGUUACAAUAGCAACAGGACCACCCAAUCAAGCUGAAAAUAUUCUGAGAUCAUUAGACUUGGAAAUUGUUUCACUUAAGAGACAGGUCCAGAAUAACAAACAGAUUGUUAGUCAGUUAAAACAUAAAACCUUUGCUGGUAUAAAUGAGUUCAAGCCUAAUGAGGUUGGUAAUCGGAUGAAUGCUAGAUGGACUCAUGAAGAACUUUUGUUAGCUGUGCAAGGAGUUAGAAAGUAUGGGAAAGACUUCAAAGCUAUAGCUGAAGUUAUAGGAAAUAAGAAUGAGGCUCAUGUUCGUAACUUCUUUGCUAACUAUCGUCGUCGAUUUAAUCUUGAUGCAGUGAUCAAGGAGUAUGAGGCUGAGCAUGGGAUCAUCAGUGAUGAUCAGGAUAAGGAUGAAAAGAUGGAUAUUGAACAGAAAGGAACUACCUCUCCAGAUUUACCUGUCCAGACGCCCCCCACCAAUAAUGGUGCAAUUAGUGGACCCCCACCUCCACUUGUGAGACCGUCUGAACUCUUAGCACCAGUACAGCCUGUUUCUAAACCUUACCUUUCAAGUAUUCCUCAGCUGCCACCUAGAUCCACUCCUCCAAAGAAUGUGCUUCAUCAACCCCCACCUCUAGUGCGACCAGCCACCACACCCACCAAAUUAACUCUUCACACAAAAGUGGAAAGUCAAAUGUCCAAAUGAUAAUUUAAUAAUUUUAGUGGAAAAAGUUCAUAUAUAAGCUCAUUAGUGUUCAGUAGUUUAAAUCAUGAAAUAAUUAUUAGGAACCAUUUUUUCUAAAAACUUGUUCUAAAAAUGAGUGCUAAAUCUUGGCACAUAGUUUUAAGUGCAAAAUAUUUGUACUUAGGUUAACAGAAAAUUAUUUUCUACUGCUUUUAUGUUAUAAAAUAAAAGUUUGAUGUACAUGAUAUUUAUUUUUUUUGAACGAGAGUCAUGAGAGAAAUGAGUUUCAGGGUUUAACCUAAGUUCAAAAUGGUGUUUUCACAGAAUUAAUUCAGCUCAUACUAGUAUUUGAACAAAGAAAGCAUAAAAAAUACUAAAUGCAAAUUAUGUAAAAGUAACGUAUUAAGAUAUCAAUUUGUUUGUUUUUCCAAAGCUUUGUACUCUUGUUUUAUAGUUUUUCUCAUGACAUAUAACCAAGCAUUUGUAUGUGUGUGUGUGUGUGUGUGAAAAAAUUAAAUAUAGGUAACAAUUUUGUUUUGAUUUUUACUUGUUUUGGAAAAUACCUAGAUUCAACUGUGAGAUAUAAAAACGAGCCUUUUGCAGCAUAUUUUCACCGAUUGUGUGUUCUUUAUACAAUGAAUAUUUAAUUAUUUAACAUUGUGUAAUUUUUUUACUUACUAGAUAAUGAAAAUAAAAUAAUAUGGAAAU